CUUUGAGGCCCGUAAAUUGCGCGUGCAGUCCGUGUUCGCACGUGGGUUAUGCCCACGAGACUUUAGGUUCAGUGAAGCUGAGUCGCCCGCUGAGCGAGCUGCUUGUACUAGCUCCCGCUACACGUCCGCCAUGUUGCAACAAAGGACUUUCGUCAAACUAGCGAUGGCACUUUCAGUACUGGCCAUCAUCGGUUUCUUCACCACUAGGAUUCCCAUGGCUAACCUAACCAAUUCCAGGUCAGCUGCAUAUGAACGGUCAGUAUUCCAAGGUGGAUUCAUGGCAGCCGACCAAGGUGGUUUCAUGGCAGCCGACCGGUUAAGAAAACAGAGGAAUAAGCUGUCGGAGAUACUGAACACUGCGAGGAGAGAACUGGCGAUUAUGAGUUGUAAAAUGAUCGAAAUGACUACAAAAUCCAAUACGUCUUCUGUUGCUGUUACUGGCGGGUGGUGCAAACACUCAAGUUCAUCCACAGGUGGGCAGCAUCUGUUUGACAAACCUCUGGCAGGCUACCUUGCACUUUUCUUUCAAAACCAAACAGUUGCGAGUUUCGGGGAUGGUCCGGGCGACUACAAGAAGUUUCUGGACUCGACCAAUCGACUUCGUGCAUACGAUGCUUUUGAUGGCGCCCCCUAUGGGCGGGAAACAAGCGGUGGAGUAGUUCAGUUUGCUGAUCUAACGGUUCCCCUGUACGGACUUCCGCUGUACGACUGGAUCAUAAGUCUGGAGGUGGCAGAACAUAUUCCAAGUAAGUCUGAAGACGUCUACAUUGACAACAUCGUGCGUCACGCAAAGAAAGGCAUAGUACUGAGCUGGGCAGUGCCUGGUCAAGGAGGUCUUCAACACAUAAACAACAGACCCUUGGCGUAUGUACAGAAUCUUUUAUCGAGCAAAGGAUUUGAUACUGAUAUUGUGGCGAGCAAGCAACUUCAAGAAAAGGCAACCUUUCCAUGGCUGAAGAAAAAUGUUUAUGUCUACAGGAGGAGGUUUAACAGUGUGGCCGAUCCAAUAGAUACAUAAAUGCUUGAUGUUUUCGAAUUCCGGAACAACAGUGGUAAAAUGGGUAACGUGUACAAAGUGUGCUAUAUUUUGUUUCGAGGAAUGUAAGAUCAAUAAACUGAACUACUUACA